AUGUCGCGAUCUCAAAGUGAAGUUCGCAAUGAUACAGCAAAACUUCUUUUGGAUCCAAUUGAUACAUAUCCGACAAGAUCAUUGACUAUUCAAUCAGAACGUAGUUCUGAACGCAUUCCAUCUAUUAGUUGGUCAGUUCAUCCAACAUCGCCUUUAAGUUCAAAAUCACCAACGGGAACUUUAUCACAUGAAAAUAUGGAUGGAAAUGCUGGAUUUUUUAUGGUUGAAGUUAAAUUAUUAAGUGAUGAAGAGGUUCCAUUACAGUUGGAAGUUACGAAUGAUUGUCUUGGUCGUGUAUUAUUCAACCAAGUUAUAGAACGAAUAGGUGGAAUUAUUGAAAAGGAUUAUUUUGGUCUACGUUAUCUAGAUCGUUCUAAACAACGACAAUGGCUAGAAAUGUCUAAAACUGUUUAUAAACAAUUAAAAUAUGUUAGUCCAAGAUCAUUGAAUUUUCGUGUAAAACAUUAUCCAAGUGAUCCAGUUAAUGAAUUUCGUCAAGAAAAAAGUCGAUACUUGCUGUAUCUUCAAUUAAGACGGGAUCUUCAUAGUGGUAGAUUGAUUGGAAGAAAUUUAGAAAUGCAUGUACUAGCAGCAUGUAUACUACAAGCUGAAAUUGGAGACUUCGAUAUCUUGUUAGAUUAUUUAGGACCUGAAGGUUCAUUAGCUGAUCUUAAAAUGUUUGCCAAUAUUACACCAAAAACAGAAUCAAAAAUUGUAGAGAUUUAUAAAUCAUUCAAAGGUAUGUCAAUGAGUGAUGCUGAGAAUAAAUUUCUUGAAAAUGCUGCAAAAUUUGAAACAUAUGGCAUUGAACCUUUAUAUGUUCAAGAUCGUAAAGGCAAUCACUUUUAUAUGGGAUUAAAUCAUGAAGGUGUCAUUACGUAUAGAGGAAGUAGAAAAGCACAUGUUUUUAGUUGGCAAAAAAUCAAUAAAAUAAGCUAUGAAGGGAAGUUAUUCAUUAUACAAGUGGAAUGGGAACAGCGUCGACAUACACUUGGUUUCAAAUGUCCAACUCCAGAAUCAGCUGAAGCAUUAUGGAAAUGGGCAGUUGAUCGUCAAUGUUUUUUCACCUUAAAUCGAUCUGUUGAUGCCAAAGAAUCCAAAGCUAAUGGUGGUUUAUUUAAACGUCGUCAAUUUUAUACAUUUACGGGAAGAUGCCAAAAGGAGUUAAUGCAGCUUAAUUCUAGUAUGCCUGCUAUACCUCAGCCCAGUGUCUCAAGAAGUAGAAGUUUAUUGAAUUUGGCCAAGAGUGUUCAUGAUAAACGACAUUCACAAAGUCAAAAUGAUUUGGAUCGUAAAUAUGUGGAUAGUAAUGAAAAUCUUCAAGAUAGUUCACGGAUGAAUCGAUUAAUUAAAGGUUUAGAUCAUCACAGAAGUUCUUUAGAAACACGUAGAAAUAAUAAUGAAUUAGAUGAUUUAAAUGAUAAUCUUUUCAUGAAUAAACGAUUAACUGAUCAAUUCAAUGGAGGAAUAAAACAACAAGUACCAUUACAAACAUUACAAGAUCAACAACAACAACAACGUCAACAUAAAAGUAGUUUAUCUACACCAAAUUUAAUCAAUAUUCCGGGUAUUCAUAAAAAUCCCAAUGAAAUCAAUAAUACUGUUGCUGAGGAUAAUAUUGAUUCAAUUAGUUCCGGUGUUGAAGCAAAUGCUGAAGCCACAGAGCAACCAUUACAAAUUGAUGUAAAUUUAAAUAAUAUGAAUGGUGUUGGCGGUGGUGGUGGUGGUGGUGUAAAUGGCUUUUGUACUGGUUCAGUGAAUACAUUAUCUUCAUCACCAUUAAAAUCAGCUGAUGAAGAUGAUGAUGAUGAUGAUGAUGAUGUGAAUGAAAAUAAUGAAUUUGUUAAUGAUGCAUUAAAACAAACUAAUAAUUCAGAUAUGUAUCAAAAAAUGAAAGUUGGUAAUUGGCUUGGAGCGAAUGGAAUAAAAUCUAUCAAGAAUACUGAAGAUGAUACUACUCCAAUUCUUUCAAUCAAUCCAAAAACAGACAAUAAUAAUAAUAGUGAAACAUUGAAUAAUUUAUCCAAUGAACAAUUAAAUACAAAACCAUAUGUAAGUAUACAUUCGGAAAAUAUUAUCAAAGAUGAUUCGUACAGUCCAAUUUCUACUAUAUCUAUAUUAAAUCCUUAUUCAAAUAAUCUUGAAGAGACAGAGACUAAAUUUAUUCCUACUAUAAAAAAACCAUCGAUAGGUUUAACUACUGCUCAUCAAAUUGAAACUAAUCCAAUCAAAUCACAAUAUAAACAAACUAUAAUUAGUCCUAAUAAUCAAUAUUCAAUUCAAUCAAUAAAUGAUCAUUCAUCUAUCAUAGAAACUACAAAACAAUCAUCAAUGAAUCGAUCGAAAUCACUAUAUUUUAAUCAAAAUAAAUCCAUAACAACAAUGAUAAUGACGACAAUGACGGGAACAAUAACAACUACAACAAGUAUAAAUAGUUUAACAACAACAAUACCACAUAAAUCUCAAACAUUAUCAUAUCAUCGUAUAGAAAAUAUAAAUCCGUCGAAAUCCUCUAUUUAUUAUCCAUAUGCAUGUAAUAUAACUACAAUACCUAAUACAAUAAAUGAUACAUUACCACCAUCAUCAUCAUCAUCACCAUUAUAUUCAUCCAAUAAUUAUGAAAUACCAUUAAAUAUUAAAUCUAUGAAACAUUAUACAGAAUCACGUAAAAAUAUUAUUUGUUAUCCUAAAUUAUCUCAGUCAAGUACAAAGGAUCCAUUAUUAUCUAGAAAUACUUCACAACAUAUAUCAAGACAAUUCACAUUGAAUAAAAUGAAAUCAAUCAAAGAUUUAUCCCCACAACCAAGAGAUUGGUAUCAUACAAUAACGAAUCCAAUAGAAGAUAAAACUAAUUAUCAGAAUAAUAUCAAUCCUGAUAUCAAUAAUAUUAUAUUAGAUCCAAUAGAUAAUAAUAUAAAACAAAUAGAUGAUAUGGAUCAUAUAGAUACAACAUUGAAUAAGAAAGAAUCUAUAUCAAAUGAUUUAUUAUAUAAUAAUGGUUAUUAUCCAUUAUCUAAUAAGAAAUUAAAUUAUUCCAAUGUUACCCCUAUGAUUCAUACACAUAGUAAUUAUUAUAAUAAAUCAGAUAGUAUGAUGGCACAAACUUUAUCACCAUUCAAUCAAAAUGUAUUACAUACAUCCAAUCAUGGAUCAUCAUUAGCUAAAGCAACAAAAUCAAUAAAUUUGAAUCAAAAUAUAUCAUCAUCUAUUAGUACAAGUGAAUUAAUCAAUAAAACACGAUCAUAUCAUGAACCAUUACAUAAUUCAUUAAAAUAUAAUUCGAUAAUUGAUCAAUCAAUAUUACCAUCAUCAUCAUCAUCAUUAUCAUUAUCAACAUCGAAUUCAUUAGCUUAUUUAACACAAUCAUCUAAUAGAAAUUUAUAUCAAACAUCUAAUCCUCUAAUUGAUUCAUCUUCUUAUUAUAAUCAAAUAAAUAAUAAUAAUAAUCUAAGAAAAACAACUUAUACUAAUACUACUAAUACUACUAAUAUGAAUGUUAAUAGUAGUCAAAUGAAUAGAACAGCUGGUAGUACUGCUGCAUAUCUUGCAGCUACCGGUGUUGGUGCAUAUAAAUUAGGUGAUUCAUUAGCUAUAUUAACAAAUAGAACAGAUCAUUUAAUUGAAUCAACUACAAAUAAUGAUAAUAAUAAUAAUGAUAAUAUAAUAAGUAAAGAAUAUCCGAAAUCUGUUACAUUUAGUCAAAAUCAUUUAAUCACUAUUGGAAAUAAUGAAAAUAAUAAAAAACUAGAAUCUCAAACAAAGACAUCUAGUCAUUAUUCAAUCAAACAAACUUCUUCUUAUACCCCAUCAAUACCACCAAAACCAAGUUAUAUACAAUCAAUUAAUAAUCAAUCAAGAAUAAUUAAUCAGUCUAGAGAAAAGAACAAUACUACUACUACUACUACUGCUACUACUACUACUAUGACUACUAUAACUACUACUGACAAUAAUGUUAAUGAUGCUGAAGAGGAAAUAAUUUCAAGUAGAACAUUUUCACGAAGUGGAGAGAUCAAUUCUACAAUACCAACAUUUGAAGAUCAUGCUAUUAGAUCUAUGAAACGUGUUACAGAUAAAGUACAACAAAUUAUGAAUAUUGAUCAAUUAGAUAAUCAAGUUAUAAAUUCAAUUGAUUCUAUUAAAUUAUUACCUCCAUUAGCUAAUAAAAUCAAUAUUAAUAAUCAAUUAAAUUCUAUGAAUACAUCACCUUUAGAUAUAUCUCAAUCAUCUGUAACUAAUUCAAAUCAUAAUGAUUCUAAUAAUUCAUCAAAUACACAAUUAUUUUCAUGUUUACAACAAUUUUUUUAUUAUUUUAUUGUAGCUUUUAUUGUUUAUAAAUUAUUAAUUUGGUUCAAUUUAAAACCAACUUUUGGUUAAUCAAUUAAUCAUUCAAACCAAUCAUAAAACAAGAAAAUAACCACACACAAACACAUGCACAUACAAAAUGAUCAUAUACACAAUCUCAGGAUACAACAAUAUCAAUCAUUAUUGAUUAUUGAUUAUCAUCAUUAUCAUCGAUCUUGAUCAUGAUCAUCAUCAACAUUGAUUAUCAUUGAUUUUAAGAAAUUUUGAUUGAUUUAAAAUUCUUUAUUUUACAUUAUUGUUUAAAAUGAUUUAAUCAUGGAAUGAUUAUUAUUAUUAAGUAUUGUAGAGUUGAUUUAAUUCCCCCCCCCUCGGCCCCGAAGACAAAUCAUUAUAUCUAUCUAUCUAUUCCUUGUUAUAAUUGUUCAUUACUAUGAUUGUUUUCUCGAAGAAAAAGAAAAGAAGGAUAAAGAAAAGAAAAAAAGGAAGAGGAAAAAGAUAAGAAAAAACAAAUGUCGAUUUCAUCUAUUCAAUAUUCAUUCUUCUUAAUGUAUACAUAAUUCAAUGAUUACAUGAACUACUGAUUAUAUCAUUAGUAUAUUCACAUUAUUAUUAUUAUUAUUAUUAUU